UAAUUUCCAAGAUGAAAACUGUAGAUAACUUUCUUCUAAAAAACAAAAUCGGAGGUGGCAACUUUGGCAUUAUCUACCUCUGAGGAGUCCGUAAGGAAGAAAACAUUGACCCUGAUACUAGACAAAGAAUUAGAAAAAAUCGCAGAAUCGCCUGUAAGAUGAUCAAGCAUAAAGCCAUCAAAGAGAGAAUGAAGAAAUACCUCAUCCAAGAGCUUGACAUCAUGAUGAAUAUGGACCACCCCAAUAUUCUAAGAUUCUUGGAAGCUAAGAAGACUCAGAAUAACAUCUACAUCUUCAUGGAGUUCUGCAAUGGCAGAGAUCUCAGUACUCUUCUUGAAUUAAAAGAUGGCAAACUGAGUGAGAAUUUAGUCAGAAAGAUCAUAAAGCAAGUCGCUUCUGGACUUCAUUACUUGAAUGAAAAAGGAGUCAUGCAUAGAGAUCUCAAGCUUGCUAACAUCCUCGUCAACUUCCCUGAGUACAGUGGCAAAGGAUCUGUCAGUGACGUCUAUAUUGAGGAAUUCGAUCACGAAGAGGAAGACAUUGAAAUAGUUAUUGGUGAUUUGGGCUUUGCUAAAUCUGUACAAGGUGGCGAAAUUACUACUUCUUAUUGUGGCACUCCUCUCAAUAUGGCUCCGGAGGUUAUGAAUGGAGAUCAAUAUACUUCUCAGGUUGAUAUAUGGUCUCUUGGGACUAUUAUAUAUGAGCUCCUUGUUGGCUUUGCUCCAUUUAUUGGCGAAGAUGCUCAUGACCUUGCUAAUAGAAUAAAUAAAGGUGAUUAUGGAGUUCCAAAAAAUGUCAAGUUGUCUCUCAAUUGUAUUGAUCUUUUGAGUAAGUGUCUUCAGCAUCAACCAGAAAGGAGGAUUUCUCAUGAUGAUGUUCUUGAUCAUCCAUUCUUUCAAGAGGAUGAUAACUGUGAGAAAAUAAAUCUCUCCGUGAGUAGAGGGCCAGACCAAUAUUCCUUCUUUGAUACACCGUCAGAUAGUUUCAAGGUAACAGAUAAAAAUUCAGUGAUGUUCAACGCUAGAGAAAGUGACUUAUUCAACCAACAUUAUUCUAAAGCCAUGACGAAAUAUAAGAAGAAACAAGAGGAAGGAAAGGCUGUGAUCCAAGAGCCUGAAAUGCCUCAAGAUCUCUAUAAGAGCAAUAUCAGAGAUGCAAGAGAGUUUGAUUUUGAAUUCACAGUUCAAGAUGAUUCUGACGAAGAAGAAAAGAUUCCAGAAGAUCACAAUCCUAGAGGAACAGUACAAACUUCGAAAGAAGAUGAAGAUGAUGGUCAGGCUGAUAUUGAAGAAAGUAAACUACCUGAGAUCAACCGCAUUCCUUCAUUUGCUUGUCAAAAGCCAGACUCCAAUAAAAUAGGUUAUAAAUUUGUUGAAGAAAACAAAAGUGAUAGCCCUCAGAAAAUUUCAAAUCAAGGUGAUCAGGUUUCUCCUAAAAGGCCGCCUUCAUCUCACUUUGGAUUUCCAAAACAACCUUCUCCCUCUACUCAAUCUAUUGAACCCCAAGAAGAGCCACAUUCAGUGCCUUCUUUCUACGAGGGUCAUGCUCAAAUCACCUCUCCUAGCAACCACACUGAGGAAGUGACGGAAGAGAAUAAACAACAAGAUACUUCUUCACUUGCUUUUGCUUCUAAUGAAACCGGCCCAGCUGAGUUAAAUAGAGAAUUAAGCCAAAAUUUUCUAAAUAAAGCUAAUUCAGAAAAGAUUCCUAAGAGUGCUAAGCUGAGGGCAGACCCUGAGCUGAUAGAAUAUAGCAUCAUUGAUAAACCUGAAGGACUUACUCUUUCUAUGGCCACUAACAACCAGUUUAAUACAAAGAAUGAAGAGCAGCAAGAAGACCUUGAGGCAAGCUUUGAAAUCAUUUCUUCCAAUGACAUACUUAUGUUGCCUACUAAGGAUUAUUACUCCACAUUAGGAUGCAAAAAGAAAGAAGAUUGCUAAAUUUUAUAAUAUUUUCUAAAUC